ACCAGGAACUGAGGAACACACCUGUCUGACGCAGAGGGACACCUUUCUGCCUGUCUCACCUCCAACAGCCCCCCCCCCCUCCAGCUGGAGAUGGAAGCAGACAGCUGACAGAGUUGGUGUGUCAGCUGAGGACUGAGACUCUCUGAGCUUUCUGUGUCCGACCGUCCGACCGACGACAGCGUGCAGCAUGGAGAACGCCGACGACCUGUUUAACCCCAGCCUGGCAGAAGCUCUCAUCAAGCUCGACCCCGAGGACGGCGAGCAGAUGGUGGAGUAUUUUAAGACGCACGCCCUGCUGACCAGAGAGAAAGCACUGCUGCAGGCGUCCGUCAGAGAUCAGAGGAAGCUGCUCGUAGAAAACGGCAAACUGAAGAAAGACAUCGAGUCGCUGAGGAAUCAACUUCAGGACAAACAGAGGAGACGCACAGCCAAAGCUUUGCUCUCCCCGGCCCCGCCUCCUCAAAGAGCAAGCCCCGCCUCCAAGACACCCGUCAAUCAGCCGCCAUCCCCUGCCGGAGCAACAUCCGCUGGUCCGAGGAACCCCCCUCACGAGCGACCGAGCAGGAGGAGGAGAGGAGAGAGGAAAGCCUGUCCCACGCUAGACUCCCUCACCUUGGGGGCGGAGCCAAGCAUCGACGUGUCACGACUUGACUUGAGGGUCGGGCGAAUCGUGAACAUCCGGCGCCACCCGCUGGCGGAGACGAUGAGCGUUCAGGAGGUGGACGUGGGAGAGAGCGCCACACGGACCGUCAUCAGCAAACUGGAGGAACAGACGGACUUUGAGGAGCUCCAGGGAAGUCUCGCGGUGUUGCUGUGCAACAUUAAGGAAUGUAGGGUGAGGGGCGUGGCCGCUCAGGCCCGCCUCCUCAGUUGCUCCGCCUCCGAGGACAGCAGCGAGCUUCUGACUCCGCCCACAGGGUCCAUCCCCGGAGACAGAGUCACCUUCCUCAACUACCCAGGUGACCCCGACAAGGAGCUGCAGUCCAAGCAGAGGGUCUGGGAGCUCCUUCAGGCCGACCUGCAGGUGGACGGUCGGGGCGUGGCCAACUAUAAAGGCUGUGCGUUUGAGGUGAAGGGGAAAGGUCUGUGCAGGGCCCCCUCCCUCACCAACUGCAGCAUCAGAUAGACCCAGCAGGGACCUGAAGUUCUCCAGAGGACUUUUAUUAUCAACAAAUGCUAAUCAUUCUCAGCCAGUCAGAAGCUAAUCCUGUUAGCUUAGAAUUUAGAAGACAUGAAGUCCAUUUUUGUUACAGAGUUGUUGUUUAUGAUUAAAAACAUGACACAGUAGUCACUCCAUACAUGAA